UUCAACAACAACAACACGGCUACUGAUUCAACCAUCUCUGUAGCCAACAUAAAACCGACCCAUUGCAUCUCUUUAGACCAUUUUUUUUGUGUAGCUACAUGAAUAUCAGUGUUUUAAACACAAUUCUGAUAACGUAUGUACUAGUUGAUUUAAACGUAAUUUGCUAUUUAAGAUUGAUACUGAGCCUAGCACUAGGGUAGUCGCUCAUGCUAGCUAGCUAACAUCCCCGACCAUGAGCUCUCAAAGCUACUCCCCCCCUGCUAAAAAAGAGGUCUGCUGGACAGAGAAAGAACCUCUGGGGCUGAACAUUGUCGUAAAAGAAGAAGAGGAGGAUACAGUAAAAGGAGAGGAAGAAGCUUUCAGAACGAUAAAGGAGAAAGAGGAGCUAAUCACAUUGAAAGAAGAAGAGGGGGUUGUUAUAGUGAACGAAGAGAAAGGACCGUUUGUAGUGAAAGAGGAGGCUGUUAUAGUGAACGAAGAGAAAGGACCAUUUGUAGUGAAAGAGGAUACUCUCACAUUGAAAGAAGAAGAGGAGGAUUGUAUAGUGAAAGAAGAGAAAGAGGAAGAGAUUGCGAUCUCAAUAAAAGAGGAGGAAGGAGAGGAGACUGAAGACACCAAGCCAAGGCAAAAUGCUGUUUUCUGGCCCUCCCAGGCCUCUAUAGUGAAAGAGGACAUCAGAAAGAUACAGGAAGAAUAUAGGUUGGCACCCAUGAGUCCCAGCCAGACUGUUGAUUAUGAUGAAAAUGCUAUUCACUGCAACAAAGAAUGGGACAUGGAGGACAAGGAUUGGUUUCCUAGCAACCGGCUGGAGGUGGAGUCAGCUCCAGGGAGGUACACAACAGAGCAGAGGGAGAGUGGCGACAAGUCUUUCCCACCCCCCUCCCCUCUCCCGGAGUCCCCAGGUCGUGCCUCUCCUGCUAGUUCCUUAAUGUGGGGUCUGAAGAGGGUGUCUGUGCGGCUGGUCGAUUGCAGGAAAACACCGGGGCUGAGUGGAACUGCGAGAGAAGGAGAUGAAGAGGAGGAAAAAGGAAAGGGAGAUUCAGAUUCGAUGUCAUCAAGUAAGAACAAUGGAGAGAGACUAGAGUCUCAAUCGAACAGCGGAAAGUGUACUUCAGGGGAACCAGACCCAGAGACGCCCAAACCAGCGCGACCACACCACUGCUUGCAGUGUGGAAAGAGGUUUACUAAGUUACGGAACCUAAAAGAUCAUGAAAGAAUACACACAGGAGAAAAGCCUUACCACUGCUCCCAAUGUGGAAAGAGUUUUACUCAGUCAGGGCACCUGAAAACGCAUGAGAGGACACACACAGGAGAAAAGCCUUACCCCUGCUCCCAAUGUGGAAAGACUUUUACCCGGUUAGGGCACCUUAAAGAUCAUAAGAGAACACACAAAGGGGAGAAGCCUUACCACUGCUUUCAGUGUGGAAAGAGUUUCACCCAGUCAGGGAACCUGAGAAUGCAUGAGAGAAUACACACUGGGAAAAAACACACACACUGUGUAGAGAGGCCUUUCCAAUGUGCUCAGUGUGGAAAGAGAUUUAUCCGGUCAGCACAUCUGAAAGAGCAUAAGAGAACACACACAGGAGAAAAAACAUUCCAAUGUUCUCAGUGUGGAAAGGGUUUUACCUGGUUAUGGACCCUGAAAGACCAUGAAAGAACACACACAGGAGAUAGGCCUUUCCAAUGCUUCCAGUGUGGAAAAAGUUUUACCCAUUUAGGGAACCUAAAAAUGCAUAAGAGAAUACACACAGGAGAGAAGCCUCACCACUGCUCCCUGUGUGGAAAGAGUUUUACACAGGUAGGGCACCUGAAAACACAUGAGAGGACACACACAGGAGAGAAGCCUUUCCACUGCUCCCUGUGUGGAAAGAGUUUUACUGAGUUAGGGAGCCUGAAAAAACAUAACAGAAUACACAAAGGCGAGAAGCCUUUCCACUGCUCCCUGUGCGGAAAGAGUUUUACCCAGUUAGGGAGCCUGAAAACACAUGAGUGGACACACACAGAAGAGAAGCCUCACCUCUGCUCACAGUGUGGAAGGAGUUUUGUUGAGUUAAGGGGCCUGAAAGAGCAUGAGAGAAUACAUACAGGGGAAGAGAAAACAUACCACUGUUCUCAUUGUGGGAAGGGUUUCGGGCGAUCAGGGCAUCUAAAAGUGCAUGAAAGAACACACACUGGCGAGAAGCCGUAUCAGUGCUCCCAGUGUGAAAAUACAUUUUUCUCAUCAGGGCACCGUAAAUCACAUGAGAGAACACACUUAGUAGAGAGACAGAGGCCUUUCCAAUGCUCUCAGUGUGGAAAGAGAUUCAUCCAGUCAUCUCAUCUGAAAGAUCACAUGACAAUACACACAGGAGAAAAACCAUUCCAAUGCUCUCAGUGUGGAAAGGGUUUUACCAGGUUAAGGAGAUUGAAAACCCACGAGAUGACACACACAGGAAAUAAGCCUUUCCAAUCCUCCUAGUGUGAAAAAGCUUUUACCUGUUUAGGACAUCUUAAAAUGCAUGAGAUGACACGCAGGGAAGAGGCAUUUCCACUGCUCCCAGUGUGGAAAGAGUUUCACCUUGUCAAGAUACUUGAAAAAACAUGCGCAAACACACUCUGCAGAGAAGACUUGAAAGUAUCCACACUGCAGAGAAAUAUAUCUUUCUCCCAGUGUGGAAAGCUAUUUUCCCAGUUUGGGCACUUGAAAGACCAUGAGGAAACGCACACAGGGGAGUUGCCUUACCAUUGCUCGCAGUGAGCGCUUUCACAUCACAUAAACUUAACUUAACAUUCAUGAGUUACACACAAUUCUUUUUACUGAGAAUGUGUUUUUGUUUAUACCACAUGAAAUCAAAUUGUACAAGUGUACACAAAAAUACAUUUGUAUGUUUUAAAACACGAAUUGAACUUGGAGUAAGUCAACUUCAAUAUAGAGUAAGUUUUAAUGCUCUGUGAUUAAAUUAUACUUUUUCAAACGGUGUGUGUUAAUCAAGUGCUAUUUGCAUGUGAUGCAUUUGCUAUGUUGUUUAUGUUUGCAUUGCAUAUGUAUCUUACAGAGUGUGGCUUUUAGGGAAUGUGAAAAAAGAACUGAGAAAAAUGUACAAUUUAUAUACUAACUGUAGGCCGAUUUAUUCAUAUUCAGAGGGGUGUACUGCAAAGCAGGAUCAAUACUUUAGCCAUGGAUUAACUAUGUAUCGAUUGUCUGGUUCAUUAAGAAAUCUAAACUUAUGUAUGCAAAUGUGGUUGUUGAUUUAUUCAGACCAUGCCCAUUUCACCCCUGUCUUUCAAAAAAAGUUAGCUGGUUAACUCAUUGAUCCUGCUUUGUUGUAUACCCCCUCAGGUCUAAGUCUGCGAAGAGUGGUGGGAAAAGUACCCAAUUGUCAUACUUGAGUAAAAGUAAAGCUACCUUAAUAGAAAAUGACUCAAGUA